GGCCAGCUGCAGGUGACGUGGGAUGAUGCGAGUCUUCUUGUUGUCACGGGCGGCAUUGCCGGCAAGCUCAAGGACUUCACCAGCCAGGUACUCCAUAACUGCCGCAAGGUACACGGGGGCACCAGCACCCACGCGCUCGGCGUAGUUGCCUUUCCUUAGAAGGCGAUGAAUCCUGCCGACCGGGAACUGGAGUCCAGCACGACUGGAACGGGACUUUGACUUUCCCUUCACCUUUCCUCCCUUGCCGCGUCCAGACAUGAUAAUGGAUGUUGUGGUAGUAGUAGUAGUAGUAGUUGUUGUUGUUGGUGAUAAAUGAGGAGCGCGAGUACUCUAACCUCGUCGGUAGCUCUGCGAGCAAGUAGUGAAUUUUGGGAAAAACGGCUAUAUAUACGCGAGAUCAGAUCGGCCCAGAGCACGUCUGGACCAAUCAGGACGCUCGCUGAGGUAGCGACUCCUGAUCCUGAGUAGGCACGCUAAUAUAUAUACCACUUUUCAACUGAGAAAACGCACACUCGUUCUCACAGCAGUACGGCGACACUAUGCCUCCCAAAGCAUCAGGAAAGGCUGCCAAGAAAGCUGGCAAGGCACGGAAGGCCAUUGCCAAGGGCGACAAGAAGAAGAAGCGCAGGAGGAAGGAGAGCUACUCCAUCUACAUCUACAAGGUGCUCAAGCAAGUCCACCCAGACACUGGCGUGUCCUCCAAGGCCAUGUCAAUCAUGAACUCGUUCGUGAAUGACAUUUUCGAGCGCAUCGCUGCCGAGGCAUCCCGCCUGGCACACUAUAACAAGCGCUCCACCAUCACCAGCCGGGAAAUCCAGACCGCUGUCCGUCUUCUUCUGCCUGGUGAACUGGCAAAACACGCUGUUUCUGAAGGCACCAAGGCUGUUACCAAGUAUACCUCCUCCAAGUAAACAGGCGGCCAGUAUACUGCUGCCAGUAUAAAAUAAUACCCGGCUCCAUUGGAGCCACACUUGAAAAGGAAAAAAAGAUACGAUAUAGACAAAUGCAUUAUUUUUAUAAUUAUUGUUAU